GCUCCCAGCUCCCGGCUCCCCGCUCCCCGUCCCGGGGCCCGCAUGGCGGCCGGCGCGCGCGUGGCGGCCGGACCUCGGUCCCGCGCUCCCAUGGCCCAGUGGAGGAAGAAGAAGGGGCUGCGGAGGCGCCGAGGCGCGGCCUCCCAGCCCCGCAGCAGCGACUCGGAGGACGGCGAGUUUGAGAUCCAAGCGGACGAUGACACCCGGGCCCAGAAGCUGGGGCCUGGCAGACCGCUGCCCGCCUUCCCCACCUCAGAAUGCACCUCCGACGUGGAGCCGGACACACGGGAGAUGGUGCGAGCCCAGAACAAGAAGAAGAAGAAGUCCGGAGGCUUCCAAUCCAUGGGCUUGAGCUACCCAGUGUUCAAGGGCAUCAUGAAGAAAGGCUACAAGGUGCCAACACCCAUCCAGAGAAAGACCAUUCCCGUGAUCCUGGAUGGCAAGGACGUGGUGGCCAUGGCCCGGACUGGCAGUGGCAAGACGGCCUGCUUCCUCAUCCCAAUGUUCGAGCGCCUCAAGACCCACAGCGCCCAGACUGGGGCCCGUGCCCUCAUCCUCUCGCCCACCCGAGAGCUGGCCCUGCAGACCAUGAAGUUCACCAAGGAGCUCGGCAAGUUCACAGGCCUCAGGACUGCCCUGAUCCUGGGAGGAGAUAAGAUGGAAGACCAGUUUGCAGCCCUGCAUGAAAAUCCUGACAUAAUUAUUGCCACUCCAGGGCGUCUGGUGCACGUGGCUGUGGAGAUGAACCUGAAGCUGCAGAGUGUGGAGUACGUGGUAUUCGAUGAGGCAGACAGGCUCUUUGAGAUGGGGUUUGCAGAGCAGCUGCAAGAGAUCAUCGGCCGCCUCCCCGGGGGCCACCAGACGGUCCUGUUCUCUGCCACACUGCCCAAACUGCUUGUGGAGUUUGCCCGGGCAGGCCUCACGGAGCCUGUACUCAUCCGACUCGAUGUGGAUGCCAAACUCAAUGAGCAGCUCAAGACCUCCUUCUUCCUUGUGCGCGAGGACACCAAGGCUGCUGUGCUGCUCCACCUGCUGCGCACCGUGGUGCGGCCCCAAGACCAGACGGUGGUGUUUGUGGCCACGAAGCACCACGCCGAGUACCUCAGCGAGCUGCUGACGACCCAGGGCGUGAGCUGCACCCACAUCUACAGUGCCCUGGACCAGACGGCCCGCAAGAUCAACCUCGCUAAGUUCACCCACAACAAGUGCUCUGCCCUCAUCGUGACAGACCUGGCGGCCCGUGGCCUGGACAUCCCGCUCCUGGACAAUGUCAUCAACUACAGCUUUCCUGCCAAGGGCAAGCUCUUCCUGCACCGUGUGGGCCGCGUGGCGCGUGCCGGCCGAAGUGGCACAGCCUACUCCUUGGUGGCCCCAGACGAGGUCCCCUAUCUGCUGGACCUGCACCUGUUCCUCGGCCGUGCCCUCACUCCUGCCCGCCCCCAUGAGGGUUCCUUAGGUGUGGAUGGUGUGCUGGGCCGCGUGCCACAGAGCGUGGUGGACGAUGAGGAGAGUGGCCUACAGAGCAUCCUGACGUCAUCGCUGGAGCUGGGGGGCCUGAGCCGGGUGGCUGACAAUGCCCAGCAGCAGUAUGUGCGCUCCCGGCCUGCGCCCUCGCCUGAGUCCAUCAAGAGGGCCAAGGAGCUGGACCUCACAGGGCUGGGCCUCCACCCCCUCUUCAGCUCACGCUUUGAGGAGAAGGAGCUGCAGCGGCUGAAGCUGGUGGACAGCAUCAAGAACUACCGCUCGCGGGCGACCAUCUUUGAGAUCAACGCCUCCAGUCGGGACCUGAGCAGCCAGGUGAUGCGCGCCAAGCGGCAGAAGGACCACAAGGCCAUCGCCAGUUUCCAGCAGGGACGACGAGGGCGACAGGAGGACACAGCUGGCCCAGCCCCAGGCUGCCCGGCACCCCAGGAAGAGAAGCCCGAGGAGGACGAGGAGGAGGAGGCAGCAGGAAAGAGUAUAGAGGAUGUCUUCACUGAGGUCAUGGGCCGGAAGCGGCAACAGCCAGGACCUGAAGGGGGAGCCAAGAGGCGGAGGGAGGAGGCCCGGCAUCGGGACCUGGAGUUCUAUGUCCCCUACCGGCCCAAGGACUUUGACAGCGAGCGGGGCCUGAGCAUCAGUGGGGAUGGGGGUGCAUUUGAGCAGCAGGUGGCUGGCGCCGUCCUGGACCUGAUGGGGGACGAAGCCCAGAACCUGACCAGGGGCCGGCAGCAGCUCAAGUGGGACCGGAAGAAGAAGCGGUUUGUGGGACAGUCAGGACAGGAAGACAAGAAAAAGAUCAAGACAGAGAGUGGGCGCUACAUCAGCAGCUCCUACAAACGGGACCUCUACCAGAAGUGGAAACAGAAACAGAAAAUUGAUGAUCGUGACUCAGAAGAGGAAGGAACAUCCCACCAGCGAGGCCCAGAGCGAAGAGGUGGAAAGCGGGGCAGAGGCCAAGGUGCAGCCCAGCCCCGCAGCCCAGGCGCCCCUGCAGGCCGCGUGCGCUCAGAGCUCAAGACCAAGCAGCAGAUUCUGAAACAGCGGCGCCGCGCGCAGAAGUUGCGCUUCCUGCAGCGUGGGGGCCUGAAGCAGCUCUCUGCCCGCAACCGGCGCCGUGCCCAGGAGCUGCAGCGGGGCGCCUUUGGCCGGGGCGCCCCCUCCAAGAAGGGCAAGAUGAGGAAGAGGAUGUGAGGGCGGUGACCCGGCCCUGUGACUCCUCGCAUGCUCCAAGGGUCAGGGUGGACAUCGCAGAUGACCCCGUGUACCACCGUGUGCUUGGCCCUGUGCCAGGUGCUGGUGGCGCUCCCUGCGGGCGCUGCACACCCUGAAGAAGAGCGCUGUGUGGCCACGGAGGGCAGCAGCCGCCUCUGCCCAAGACAGAGACGGAGACAUUUUAACAGUCUUUAAGGGCUCCCAGGAGUUUGCUGGUGAGGUCGAGGCGGCCACACCUGAGUUGCUCCUGCUUCCACGCGUGCUGGGUGGUUCCUGAGCUCAAAGGUGGUGCCCACAUGGCUCUGAGCCCUGAGUGCCUAAGGCCUAGUGAUGGAUUUUUAAUGUAAUAAACCUUUAUUACGCACCUCCA